AUGGCUCCAAGCUUUGAUAAUGUCGACGGCACCUCCUCAUUGUUCGAAUUCGUCGUAAAAGAUGGUAACGGCAUCAAAGGACUCGUUGAUUCUGGUAUAACUGUUGUUCCCGACAGAUACGUUCAGCCUCAAUGUGAACGCAUCCCACUUGAUCACAAAGUCGACCCUUUUGUCUUCCGGCCCAUUGACCUGUCGGGACUUGAUGGGCCGGAACGAGACAAUGUUGUUAAGGCUAUUGCGGAUGCAGCAGAGACGGUCGGGUUCUUCCAAGUGGUGAACCAUGGGAUACCCUUGAAGGUGCUCGAAGAGUUAAAGGAAACUGCACAUGGUUUUUUUAACCAAGAAGCUAAGAAAAAGGCGGUUUAUUUGAAAGGGUCGAGUGUAAGUCCAUUGGUGAAGUAUGGGACUAGUUUUGCCCCGGAAAAAGAGAGAGCUUUGGAAUGGAAGGAUUAUCUAAGCAUGACAUAUACUAAUGAUCAAGAAGCUCUUGAGCAAUGGCCUAACCAAUGCAAGGAGGUGGCUUUGGAAUACUUGAAUGCUUCAACGAAAAUGGCGAGGAAACUAAUUGAGGUGUUAAUAGGCCAUCUUGGGGCGAAGCUAGACGAGGAAAAGUUAGAUGGGUUGAUUGGGCUUAAGAUGGUCAACAUGAACUUCUACCCGGCCUGCCCUAACCCGGAACUCACCGUGGGAGUGGGACGCCACUCCGACAUGGGAACACUAACCGUGCUUCUUCAAGAUGGCAUCGGCGGUUUGUAUGUGAAGCUCGAGAAUGAGACUAAUGCUGAGAAGCAGUGGAUUGAGAUUCCACCAGUUGACGGAGCACUCGUUAUCAAUAUUGGCGAUGCAUUACAGAUAUUGAGCAACGGGAGAUACAAGAGCGCGGAGCAUAGAGUGAGGACUACAAGUAAGGAAUCGAGAGUAUCUGUUCCGGUGUUCGUAGUGCCAUUAGCAGUGGAGAACAUUGGACCAUUACCGGAGAUUGUAGAACUCGACGGGGUUGCUCGCUACAACAAGGUAUUGUAUGGAGAUUACAUAAACAAUUUUUUUGCCAAAGCCCACCAAGGAAAGAAGUCGCUUGAUUUUGCUCGAGUGCAAUGCUUGUCCAAGCAAUGAGAAGAAAAAUGAGAAGAUUCAUCAAAGUGUUUACUCCCCCUAGGAAUGACCUAUA